CGACUUCCGCAUUGCUGACUUCCGGCCGCCGCCAUCUUGGUCGCGCGAAACCGGCUUUUGGGUGGGAGCUCGGGAGCGGGUGCGGUGGGCUGUGCGGUUGGCGCCAUGCCGUCAUCGCCGCUGCGGGUGGCAGUGGUGUGCUCGAGUAACCAGAACCGGAGCAUGGAAGCGCACAACAUACUCAGCAAACGAGGGUUCAGUGUCCGGUCCUUUGGAACAGGAACUCACGUGAAGCUCCCAGGACCAGCACCUGACAAACCCAAUGUUUAUGACUUCAAAACCACAUAUGACCAGAUGUACAAUGAUCUCCUCAGGAAAGACAAAGAACUCUAUACACAGAAUGGUAUUUUACAUAUGUUGGACAGAAAUAAGAGAAUCAAACCCCGGCCAGAAAGGUUCCAAAACUGCAAAGACCUAUUUGAUCUGAUCCUCACUUGUGAAGAGAGAGUCUACGACCAGGUGGUAGAAGAUCUUAACUCAAGAGAACAGGAGACCUGCCAGCCUGUUCAUGUGGUCAAUGUGGAUAUCCAGGACAACCAUGAAGAGGCCACUCUAGGGGCAUUCCUCAUCUGUGAGCUCUGCCAGUGUAUCCAGCACACUGAAGACAUGGAGAAUGAGAUUGAUGAGCUGCUGCAGGAGUUUGAAGAGAAGAGUGGCCGGGCCUUUCUCCACACUGUCUGCUUCUACUGAGCUGCCAGGAGUUGCCUCAUAUGAAGCUGCCCUGUUCAGCCACCUUCGGAGCCACUUUGUUAAUGUGUUUUCCUUCCUGAUACUUGUUUUACUGUUAGGUAUUCUGCCCAUGGCAGUGAUGUUAUCCCAAUGUACUGUACAUAUGGUAUGAGGAGUAUACAGAAUUGCCAGAUUAAAAACUGUUGUUUUCAAUUCCCCUUUUCUUUAACCAAAAGAGAAAAUAUGGUUUACAGCACGGCCCCCAGCAAGUGCCUGGUCAGCUUGCCUAGCCUUUUUCUCCCUACCUGCUGGAUUAUACAAAAACGUAAAUAAAGCAUGGGCAGUGUCUUACUGGGAAAGACCCUGGGAUUGCCCAAUUAACCAA